CAUCGAGUAACAGCUCCUCAGAACGGGGAGGGGGAAAAGUGUGACACACUUACCAAACAGUAAUGAUACGAAGACAAAGUUUGAUGACUGUUGUGUGGGGGGGGGGUAAACCAAGAUGGCCACCCGCCGUAUUCCACUGGUCCUGCUAGCCUGUGGCUCCUUUAAUCCCAUCACCAACCAGCACAUGAGGCUGUUUGAGCUGGCCAGAGACCACAUGCACAGCACAGGCCAGUACCAGGUGGUGGGUGGCAUCGUGUCUCCAGUCAGUGAUGGCUACGGAAAGCAAGGCCUGGUUCUGGCUCAGCACCGUAUCGCCAUGGCAAAGCUGGCGCUGCAGAGCUCCGACUGGGUCACGGUUGAUGAAUGGGAGAGCCAGCAGGCAGACUGGACAGAGACCGUGGUCACCAUGAGGUAUCAUUGUGGCCGUAUCUUGAAGGAGUAUGAGCGGAACACAGGAGAGCACAAAGACUCCAGUGGAAACCCCUCUCCCCUCUCAAGCCCCUGUCCCCAGUUGAAGCUUCUGUGUGGAGCUGAUUUCCUCGACACUUUCCAGGUCCCUGACCUGUGGCUGGACGACCACGUUGAGGAGGUGGCGGGACAUUUCGGACUCAUCUGCGUCAGUCGGGGGGGGGCUUCAUCCCGAGCAAGCCGUGGCCGCGGUCAGACACCUCUCUCGCGCCCACAGAAAAUCGCCACCUUGUUGAAGCCUGAUAAGGACAUUUCCCACGUUGGGGACCACAUAGUCAUCAAAACCCUCAGCACAUUCAAAAACUACAACAUGGACUUCCAUGUGGGCAAGGAGUUUGAGGAGGAUCUGUCUGGAGUGGAUGACAGGAAAUGCAUGACCACCAUCUCUUGGGAUGGAGACAAGCUGGUGUGUGUGCAGAAGGGGGAGAUAGAAGGGAGAGGCUGGACCCACUGGGUGGAUGGAGAUGAGCUUCAUCUGUUAUCUGCCCUCAUUCCCCCUGAUUGUAUAAAAGCAGGAGGACACCCUGCACCUUUCCCCUCUAUACACUGUCUAAAGUCUACACACACAUCAGCGUCACCAGCUGCCAUCAUGCCUGCAGACUUCAGUGGGAAAUGGAUACUGGAGAACAAUGACAUAUUUGAGGAGUAUUUGAAAGUGUUGGACAUUGACUUUGCUACAAGGAAAAUUGCCAUCUCCCUUUCUCAGACCAAAGUUAUAUCCCAAGAUGAAGACAAGUUUACCGUCAAAACGCUGAGCACCUUCAGGAAUUAUGAACUCUCCUUCACUGUAGGGGUAGAGUUUGACGAGCACACCAAGGGACUAGACAACCGAAACAUCAAGUGUCUUGUGACCUGGGAGGGGGACAAGCUGGUGUGCACGCAGAAAGGAGAGAAGGAUAACCGUGGCUGGAAACACUGGAUCGAAGGAGACAAACUCUUCCUGGAGCUGACGUGUGAAGAUGUAGUUUGUGUGCAGGUGUUCAAGAGAAAAACAUAAACGGAAAUAUCUGGGUUUUUUGUAUUUGCACAUACUCCUCAAUAACAUGUGUUCCCAAACGUAUGAACAAAAUGAAUAAAAGUGCUUUUCAG